UUUUCGUUCAUGAACACUGACAACCACAGUUACUUGCCAGAGAAGCAGUGAAAAUGACGCAGAAUUUUCUCGUUUUCAACAAAAAAAUCAGUGUGUGUGUGUGAAUGAAAAUAUCAGAGGCUGACAUUUGCUUACAGCAAAAAAAAAACUAGAGGAUAAAUCGAUUUGUGUCAGUGUGUUUAUUGAUUUUAUGUGAUGAUGGCAAUGUUAUCAUGUCCAUUGUGUUUAAAAUCGUGUUUUUCCAGUAUCGAUCUAUUGCGUACAAGUUUGAUCAGUAUAAUAAAUCGACCGUUGGUUUGUCCCAUAUGCAAUGACAUACACCAUAGUCUCGACGAUUUGGCAACACAUUUGACACAGCACAUUGAGAUGCCCAGCCAAAUUGGCCAAAGUGAACAUUGUGACGUCAUUCACAAUAUAAAUAUAAACAAUGACAAUAAUAAUAAUAAUAAUAGUACAAUGAUUGAAACGAAUAGCAGAGCGAAUCAAUUCGAUAGAGUGGAGCUGCUAGAGAAAUGUGAUGGAAGUAUGACACAAAAAUUAAAUGCACAAUCGCUUAUGUUGCCAUUGCUGUCACCGUCACCGUCGUCGUUGUCGCCGUCGUCAUUGACGGCCACCGUAUCACCAGUUGUUUGUAAAUUUGAACAAAAAAGCAACAUUAAUAGUGCACAAAUCGAACGAAUCGCUGUUCGGCCAUUGUUUAUUUGUAAUUUGUGCGAUUGUUCGUUUCGUUCGCAAGAACUUCAACAAAUGCAUAUGCAAUUAGUGCAUGAGAUAAAUAUAAAGUGUAAAGAUGGUAAAUUAACAAACGCACGUGUAAUAUCAUCAACAAUGCUGCAAUGUAAUUUAUGUCCAAAACGUUUCAAAAUGAUUGGUUCACUGCGUUUGCAUGUUCGUAUGGUUCACGGAGUAUCGCAUGUAUCAUCAUCAUCAUCAUUGCCGCAAAAAAUACGCACACCAAAUGCAGUUGCCGAUACCAUCGAUAAUAGUGCAGUGCAAUCGACAGGAAACAAUGAAAAUAUGCUCGGAACAGGUGGAGCGAUACCAUCAUCAUCAGAUUCUACGUCACCGACACAUGUGAACUCAACCAAUCCACCACUAGUUCAUAACAAUCAUUGUGAUUACUAUAGUAAUUAUGGAGUAAGCAAUGUCGUUACUUUUGGCAGCAAAAGCACUAACGGUGGCGGUAGUGAUGAUGGCGGAGGUGGCGGCGGCGACAAUGAACAAAAAUACAACGAAGGGUUAUCCAACGGAAAUAAUAACAGUAAAGAAAUGAUCACCAGCACCGAAGAUCGUGUCCAUAAAUGUGAUAUUUGUAAUAAACGUUUUACGACCAAAUACUUUUUAAAGAAGCACAAACGCUUGCACACAGGUGAAAUGCCGUACACAUGCGAGUUAUGUCAUCGAACGUUUACAUUUCAACAGUCAUAUCAUCGACAUUUAUCGUAUCAUACAAACGAUCGGCCACAUAGCUGCUCGAUUUGCGGACGUGCUUUUAAAGAAUUAUCCACAUUACACAAUCAUCAAAGAAUCCAUAGCGGCGAAAAACCGUUUGAAUGUGAAACAUGCGGUAAGUGCUUUCGUCAGCGUGUCUCAUAUUUGGUUCAUCGUCGGAUUCACACGGGAGUAAUGCCAUACAAUUGUACGAUGUGCGAUAAAAAAUUUCGCUAUAAAAUUUCGUUGCGAACACAUAAAUGUAGUGGAUUUAUAGUGGCCGAACAUAAAUCACCGCUAAACAAUGACACAACCUUCAGAAGUAACGAGCAUCAGCCAGAUAAUAUGUCAACAUGUUCACAAUCGCUAGAUGAACUCAUCACUGAAUCAUGCAAUCGAAUGGGCAUCGUCGAUCAAACCGAACUAAAUCCAUCCGAUUUAUCAACGUAUUCAACGGCUGCCACCGAAACCGGUGACAUCAAUUCAAACACGUCCAUGUUACAUUUUGAAUGUGAUUCAUUUAAUUUGAAUGAUUUAAGUUUUUGCACAGGCGAAACGAGUAAUACAGAUUUGGCAAAUGUGAUGCCAUCAAUGGAUGAAAUUUUUCCACAAACUAUGGAAAUAAUGAACGCAUUAUACGAUGAUAUGAACAUGAAUAACAGUGACCUACAGCAUUUUUACGAUCCAACAUCACAACAAUAAGCAGUGACCGUGCCGUUAAUUUGUCUACAUUGUUCGGAUAUAGUUUCAAUAAAAUCAAUGAUUUUUUUUUUUUAAACAAAAAAGCACAAAUAAAAUUGCACGUACUUUGAUGUACACCGAAGGUAUUCUCUCUUUUUUUUCGUUUUGUUCACACUCAUCGUUUAGUCAUAAUCCGAAAUAUGAAAUCGGUGUUAAUGUGAUAUGCAAAUGAAUAGAUUUUAUUCCGGCCGUUUUCUUGGUAUGACGUAUGGAUUGCAAUGAGAAAUAUUGAUUUAUU